AUGCCUACCUGGUUGAACUUGCAUCGCAAAGCUGAGCUUGCCGAACUUGCUGGCCAAGUCGGCAUCGACGAGUAUGCAUACCAAACGCGUCAUCAGAUUGUUGCUCUUCUCGAAGAGCAACUUACAACCAACGCGUCAACAUACUCUGAGUAUCCUUCUUUCGAGGGCUACUAUGCUCGCAAGGGCUCUCCCACAAAGCGCGAGUCGGGCUCAACUCCAGCAGCCGAACCAGAAGUGACCAGAUCUGUGCGGAAACGCGCUCCACGCAUCAAGGGCGAGUCUGACGCAGUUGAGGCACCUAGAGUUGAGGAGCCCUUGAUCGAGGAGCCACGUAUCGAGGAUUCGAUGCUUCUCAGCCCACCACGCAUGGCACUCCCUCCUUCGCCUGCUGUCGUGACCGAUGCCAUUGAGGAGCAGACUGCCCGUAUCUCUGAGGGCAUGAACAAGCUCUGGACUUCAUCACAUAUCAUGGACGUGCUUUACGAAGCUCGUCUCGAUCUUUCUUCCGUCACAGGCGUUCAUUUCACCAUGCUUCUUCUUGAAUCUGCAGCACUUCAUUACGCGACUGUCCCAUGGAAGUUCGCAUUCGAUGUCCCGAGUCUGUUCGGGUUCCCCAGCUUCGCGGUAUUCCUACCCGACGUGUUUGUGUUCCUCACUCAUCACUACUGGGCACCUUCUUUGCUUUGGGCUACGAUGAACUUCUGGGUCCCUCUUGCUACUGGUUGGAUGUUCAACUUGUCGCUCAAGCUUAAGAAGAAGGAUGGCUUCGAGGACUACAGACCUGUCUAUCGCAUUGAUCCUUUGAUGUUCAGUAUCGCCAAAGCUCUGAUGUCCUGGAUGGUAUAUGCCCAAGGUAACAGACUCUACGGAUCCUUUGCGGACCAGACCGUUAAGACAGUCGAGGAUGCUAUGCCUUACGGCUACAGCGGUGCCAUGAUUGCAGCAUACAUCGGUAUUGUCACAAGUAUCUGGGAUGGCAUCCAGAACAAGAAGAGAGCGUAA